AAUAGCAAAACAUCGGUUUUCCCGUUGAUGGAUACCGCAUGAUGUUUACACGCGCGUUCGGUCAAAGGUCAAAUAAUCGUAUCAUAUAAAUAACACGUGUUGUUGUUUUUCAUUCAUUACAAAACGGAUUUAAAGAAAGACUGCAAAAUGUCACCACGUGCUGGAUUAGAUGAGAAAGGUGAUUCGUUUGAAGGUGACACACAAGCACCAGUUGACAGCCUCGGUCUGGCACCGACCGUAUCCGAGGACCCGGAACCGGAAACAAACCGACCGCCAUUACAGAUAGUUUGGAGAAAUGUUAUUUUAAUGACAACACUUCAUAUUGCGGCAAUAUAUGGACUAUAUAUCGUUCCACAGGCUAAAUUGGCAACCUUAGUUUGGACAUUGAUUCUCUACUGGUUAAGUGGAAUAGGGAUAACUGCUGGUGCUCACAGACUCUGGUCACACAGAUCAUACAAGGCAAAGCUACCGAUGAGGGUCAUUCUCGCUCUUUUAAACUCAAUGGCUUUCCAGAAUGACAUCAUUGAAUGGGCCCGUGACCACAGAGUGCACCACAAAUACUCGGAAACUGAUGCAGAUCCCCAUAAUGCCAAGCGCGGGUUCUUCUUUUCCCAUGUCGGUUGGCUGCUUGUAAGGAAACACCCGGAUGUGAAAAGGAAGGGGAAGCAACUCGACAUCUCAGAUCUUCUGGCUGAUCCCGUCCUUCGUGUCCAACGGAAAUUUUACCUGCCGUCAGUGGUGCUGCUAUGUUUUGCCAUUCCAUCGAUAGUUCCUGUGUAUUUUUGGGGAGAGAAUCUCAUCACUGCCUUUAUGUUAUGUGGUCUGUUGAAGUACUGUGCUAUACUGAAUGCCACGUGGUUUGUGAACAGUAUAGCUCAUCUUUGGGGUAUGAGACCCUAUGACGUUCGUAUUAAUCCAGCUGAAAAUAGACUUGUCGCAACCGUUGCCAUGGGUGAAGGUUUCCACAACUACCACCAUACGUUUCCGCAAGAUUAUUCCACCGCCGAGUUCAAAUGGUUUCUUAACUGUUCGACGUUGUUUAUUGACAUGUUUGCAUUUUUCGGACUUGCUUAUGACAGAAAAAGUAUGCCAAAACCAUUUAUUGAGAAGCGAAGACAACGGACUGGUGAUAAUAGUGCACUUGCUGGAAGAAAAAUAAAAUGAUAUGUGCGUUAUUCCUAUUUCUGUUAGGCAUAUUUUGAGUCAACGUUCUGUUAUAGUUUUUGAUUAUUACCUCGUGUUGUGAUGAUUAAAUAUGUUUGCUCAGAAA